GAAAAACCCAACCAAACAUAUGAAUCAUGCUCGACUCCAUCUUAUAAAUAAACUGAAAAAUCGUCUCUCUCUGUCUCUCACCAAAAAAGACUCUCCACUCUAUGAAACCCUGAAACCCGCCAAAUGAACCAACCACUAUUAUAAUAAAACAGAGAUUUUAUUUUCCAUUUCCUGCUCUGCUAAAAUGGCGUAUUAUGCUUCUUCGAUCUCUAAUGCAAAUAAUCGCAUUCUCACUUCCAACGCAUUGCUGUUUAGUGACACUAAGUUCAGCUGCAAAAAUAAGAAGAGCAUAUCUUCUUCUCAUUUCUCUAAAUUAUCUCCUUUUUUCAGGACAGCUUUUGUUUCCCGAUGGGCUAGAAAGGAGUCAGCUUAUUGUCACGUCCCUUCUAAAAUUAAAGCUGUUUUACUAGAUGAAUCCAAAGAAAAUGUUUGCCUUACUAAAGGCAAUAUGUGGUCAAUUCACAAGUUUGGUGGCACGUGUGUUGGGAGUUCUGACCGUAUAAAAAAUGUCGGAGAAAUAAUAGUCAAUGACCCUUCGGAAGGGAAGUUGGUGGUUGUGUCAGCAAUGUCAAAGGUCACGGAUAUGAUGUAUGACCUCAUUCACAAAGCACAAUCACGGGAUGAUUCUUAUACAGCUGCAGCUGAUGCUGUCUUUGAAAAGCAUAAAUCAACAGCUAUGGAUCUUCUUGACGGGGAUGAUCUUGCUAGUUUCCUGUCCCGGUUACAUCAUGAUGUUAAUAACCUCAAAGCCAUGCUUCGCGCAAUAUAUAUAGCUGGCCAUGCAACAGAAUCAUUUUCUGAUUUUGUUGUAGGACACGGAGAGCUAUGGUCUGCUCAGAUGUUAUCAUAUGUUGUCAGAAAGAGUGGGCAAAAUUGUAAAUGGAUGGACACAAGAGAAGUGCUUAUAGUGAAUCCUACAAGCUCUAAUCAGGUUGAUCCUGAUUUUGUGGAAUCUGAAAAAAGACUAGAAGAAUGGUUCUCCAAAAAUCCAUGCAAAAUAGUAAUUGCAACUGGUUUCAUUGCUAGUACACCUCAGAAUAUUCCAACAACUUUGAAAAGGGAUGGAAGUGAUUUCUCCGCAGCGAUAAUGGGUGCUUUAUUGAGAGCUCGACAAGUCACUAUUUGGACAGAUGUCGAUGGGGUCUACAGUGCAGACCCUAGAAAAGUUAGUGAGGCUGUAAUACUAAAGACUUUAUCUUAUCAAGAGGCCUGGGAAAUGUCAUAUUUUGGUGCCAAUGUUUUACAUCCUCGCACAAUUAUUCCGGUUAUGCGGUAUGAUAUUCCAAUCAUGAUAAGAAACAUUUUCAAUCUCUCUUCACCUGGAACUAUGAUCUGUCGGACUUCUACGGAUGAUAAUGAAGAUGGCCAGAAAUUGGACUCGCCUGUCAAGGGUUUUGCAACAAUAGACAAUGUUGCCCUUGUGAAUGUUGAGGGAACUGGAAUGGCUGGUGUACCUGGUACAGCUAGCGCCAUUUUUAGUGCUGUGAAAGAUGUAGGAGCUAAUGUCAUUAUGAUAUCACAGGCUAGUAGCGAGCAUUCUGUAUGCUUUGCUGUGCCUGAGAAGGAAGUAAAAGCUGUUGCUGAGGCUCUGCAAUCGAGAUUUAAUCAAGCCUUGCAUGCUGGACGCCUUUCCCAGGUAGCUAUUGUUCCAAAUUGUAGCAUUUUAGCAGCAGUUGGCCAGAAAAUGGCUAGCACCUCUGGUGUCAGUGCUACUUUAUUCAAUGCCCUAGCUAAGGCCAAUAUUAAUGUUCGCGCCAUAGCUCAGGGUUGCUCUGAGUAUAACAUUACAGUAGUAGUCAAACGUGAAGAUUGUAUAAGGGCAUUAAAAGCUGUGCACUCAAGAUUUUAUCUCUCAAAAACCACGAUAGCUAUGGGGAUUAUUGGACCUGGUUUGAUUGGUGGAGCACUGCUUGACCAGCUCAGAGAUCAGACAGCUGUUCUUAAGGAAGAAUUUAACAUUGAUUUGCGUGUCAUGGGAAUCACUGGCUCAAGGAGAAUGCUUCUAAAUGAAGUUGGAAUCGAUCUAUCAAGAUGGAGAGAACUGACAAAGGAGAAUGGUGAAGUGGCCGACUUGGAGAAGUUCACACAACAUGUGCAUGGAAAUCAUUUUAUUCCAAAUACUGUUUUGGUAGAUUGCACAGCAGACUCUAGGGUUGCAAGCUAUUACCACGGAUGGUUACGAAAAGGAAUUCAUGUGAUUACCCCAAACAAAAAGGCAAAUUCAGGGCCACUCGAUCAGUAUCUAAAGCUGAGAGCUCUUCAACGUCUGUCCUAUACACAUUACUUCUAUGAAGCAACCGUUGGAGCUGGUCUUCCAAUAAUCAGCACUUUACGAGGACUCCUUGAAACGGGAGAUAAAAUUCUGCAAAUUGAAGGAAUUUUUAGUGGAACUUUGAGUUAUAUUUUCAACAACUUCAAAGGUUCACGAUUGUUCAGUGAGGUGGUGGCAGAGGCAAAGCAGGCAGGUUAUACUGAACCAGAUCCAAGAGAUGAUUUAUCUGGAACAGAUGUUGCACGAAAGGUGAUUAUACUUGCAAGGGAAUCUGGUUUAAAGCUGGAACUUUCUGAUAUACCUGUUCGCAGUCUUGUGCCUGAACCAUUGAGAGCCACUGCAUCUGCUGAAGAAUUCAUGACAGAGUUGCCGAAAUUUGAUCAAGACAUGGCUAAGGAAAGACAAGAGGCAGAGGAGGAUGGUGAUGUGUUGAGAUAUGUUGGAGUGGUGGAUGUGGUGCGGCAAGAAGGGCGUGUUGAGUUGCGAAGGUAUAAGAAAGAUCAUCCAUUUGCACAGCUCUCAGGAUCUGAUAACAUCAUAGCAUUCACCACUAUGAGGUACAAGGAACAACAGCCUUUAAUAGUUCGGGGACCUGGUGCUGGGGCUCAAGUCACAGCUGGUGGAGUAUUUUGCGACAUAUUGCGAUUAGCCUCAUAUCUAGGGGCUCCGUCGUAAUAACCUUGCUACUGUUAUCGUGUAUUCAUUUUUGAUAUUCCUUUUUUUCUAGUAGAGCCUUCUGAGCUGUAUUUAUGCAUCUUAGAGUAGUUUUGGCUAGUGCUCGGCUUGGUAGUUUUGGUUUUUUCGACUCUUUUGAAACCAUUACAAUGAAACUUUAAUAGAUGAAUUCAUGAUGAAGAAUUUGGACA